GCGCCCCACCAUCUCUACUUCUACUCGCAGCCUGUUCUUGCGACAUUAGAAGAACAACAACUCAUUCGAAGCGGCAAUGAAGACACUACUUCGAUCCGCGUUGCUAGCCUGCUUCAGCAGCGCGCUGCUAGUUUCCGCAAUCAGCUACGACGACGUGAUCCAGGCGCCGCGCCGGUCCGAAGCCGUGCCAAACAAAUCCGGCACGCUGGCAGUCUACACCGAGACGAGCUACUCGUUCUCGACGCGCGCGUGGUCCGGCGCGCUGAAGACGAUCGCGCUCGAGGCCGGGGCGGAGCCAAAGACUGUGAUUGCGGACGCGGCGGAUGUGGGGGAUCUUGCGUGGGCGGGCAGCGACGAUGCGACGGUGCUGUAUCUUAAUACGAGCGGGGAGUAUACUGCGCUGUGGUCUGUUGACGUUGGGUCGGGUGCGAAGGCAAAGAUUUACGAGUUUCCGGGAUCGGUGUCGUUGUUGAAGACGCAUGCGUCGGCGGCCGGCGUGCGCGUGGUGACUUCAGGAUGGGCUACGCCGGCGGGCGAGUUAUUGUCUCCCGACGCGCCGGCGAAGGAGGAUACGGGGUUGCUAUACGACUCGACCUUUGUGCGGCACUGGGAUUACUGGUUGAGCGAGAACCGCAAGUCCGUUUUCGGCCUGCUGUUGAGCGCGGAUCUGAAGACGGUGAAGGAGCCGUUGACGAAUUAUCUGAAGGGCCUGGGGAUCGAGUCUCCGAUCAUGCCGUUCCCGAGCGCGUCAGACUUUGAUCUCGCGGCGGAUAAGUUGGUGGUGAACGCCAAAGCACCCGAGCUGUCGCCUGCGAAUAACACGGCAACGUAUUUCUACGUGCUCAAGUACACCGACACCAACGAACCCGGGAAGCCGCUCAACAAGGCCGGUUUGGGCGCGUGCUCGUCCCCCGUGUUUUCGCCCGACGCGACAAAGAUCGCGGGGUUGGUGAUGCUCGAGAACGGGUACGAGUCUGACCAGAAUAUCGUGUAUGUGUAUGAUCUCAACGACGGCGGAGCGGGCAAGAACGUCACCUACGGACGCGCGUUCGAUCGCUCUCCAGGGGCGGUGAUGUGGGCGCCUGAUCGGGAGGAUUAUUUGGUGCUGGUAGGCGAGGAUGUUGGUAAGGAGGUGGUGUGGACGCUUGAUAUCUCGACGCCGGGGUUGCUUCCGCAGAAACUGAGCACGACGCACUCUGUGUCCUCUGUCGCGUUCAUCGGCUCGUCGACGGCCAAGUUGCUGCUGUCGAGCAGCGCGAUCGUCAAGUCUACGUACUUUGAGAUUUACGACCACGCCACGGACUCAGCCACCCUGCUGCUCGACGCGCCGACGACGUUACCCGAAUCUCGCGUCGGGGAGUUUUGGUUCACCGGCAGUCGCGAGGUCAAGGUGCACGGGUUCAUUGUGUAUCCCGAGAACUUUGACCCGAAGAAGAAGUACCCGCUCGCGUUCCUGAUCCACGGCGGUCCGCAGUCGGCGUGGACGGACUCGUGGUCUACGCGCUGGAACCCGGCGGUGUGGGCGGACAACGGGCCGGACGGGUACGUCGUCGUGACGAUCAACCCGACCGGAUCGACCAGCUACGGCAAGGAAUUCACCGACAAGAUCCAAAACAACUGGGGCUCGUAUCCGUACAUCGACCUGGUUCUGGGCUUGGAGUACUGCUACAAGAGCUUUGAGUUUAUCGACACCGAGCGCAUGAUCGCCGCGGGCGCGUCGUACGGCGGAUAUAUGAUCAACUGGAUCCAAGGCUCUGCGCUCGGCCGUGUGUUCAAAGCGCUCGUGACGCACGACGGCGUGUUUUCGACGCUGAACCAGUACGGCUCCGAGGAGCUGUAUUUCCCCGCGCAUGAUUUCGGGGGCUCGUUUGUGGAGAACACGAGGGGGUAUUACAAGUUCAAUCCGAUGAACCGGAUGUAUCACUGGGCGACGCCGCAUUUCAUCGUGCACAACGCGCUGGAUUAUAGGUUGCCGGAGAGUGAGGGGUUGUUGGCGUUUAACGUGCUGCAGGAGUUGGGUGUUCCUAGCAAGCUGCUGCAUUUCCCUGAUGAAAACCACUGGGUGCUCAAGCCCGACAACUCGCGAAGAUGGCAUAAAGAGAUUUUCGAGUUUAUCAACACGUACUCCUCCGCGUCUGCGUCGACGAAGCGAAGUGGAGCGGGGGAGACGAAGACGGCGGCGCAGAUUUUGGAGGAGGUGGUUGAUAACGUGGAGAGGGAGAUUUUCUUUUAAGCGUGCGCAUCGUGUAGAGUUUAGGAUAAAGUACAGAGUUGUAUUCUCUUAGAAUAUACAUCCAAAGCAAGUAGCAGUAAUUAUAAACUCCAAAGCAUUGAGCUACCGUUUGAGCAAGAAGUUUAGUCGUCUAGAUGUAAACUCCGUCGGUUAUCGCUGGUGAUGGGCGGGAGAAGUAGGUCGAAUUCGUCGCUCGCGGCGUCGGAUGAGAUAGCGAUUAUAUGUGUCUGUGUAGAUGUUGGAUGGUUUGCAGGUCGACUUUCCUGCUUGACGGGGAU